AUGCUUUCACCAAACAGGCGAAACCUGAAGGUCUGGGUUCAGAGCCUCAGAUCUUACACUGGCAGCACACGGGGACACAGCAGCUGGACUGACAGCAGCAGGGCUUGCAGCAGCUGGACUGGCAGCAGCAGGGUUUGCAGCAGCUGGACUGGCAGCAGCAGGGUUUGCAGCAGCUGGACUGGCAGCAGGAUCCACAGCCUGAGGAGCAGCAGCAGGGCUUACAACAAGUGCACUGGGAGCAGCCACAAGAACCACAGCCCCCCUUGGAGCCCCCACAGGAGCCACAGCCCCCCUUGGAGCCCCCACAAGAGCCACAGCCCCCCUUGGAGCCCCCACAAGAGCCACAGCCCCCCUUGGAGCCCCCACAAGAGCCACAGCUGGAGCAGGAACAGGCUGGCACACAGCAGCACAUGGGCUUGCAGCAGCAGACGGGCACACAGCAGCUGGAGCCACAGCCCCCACAGCCAGAGCCACAGCCCCCACAGCCGGAGCUACAGCCCCCACAGCCGGAACCACAGCCCCCACAGCCGGAGCCACAGCCCCCACAGCCUCCAGAGCAGCCACAGCAGCCCAUGGUUCUGGUGGAUUGAGGGUGGAGUAGGUAGAGGAGCAGGUGAGAGGGAGGUGCAGAUGUGGAGCUCCCUGAGCCUGGGCCCUUUAUAUACCUGUCCAGAUGUCAGGCAGGACACAGGGUCCCUUUCUUGUGACUGUUCACGUUAUUUUUCCAGAGCUCUGUUUUUCUCCUUUUUGCUAGCAACUUCCUCCUGGCUCAGUUGA